GACACCUAAUUUCUAUCUCAACCCGUUGAAAAGUUAGUGUUAGCGCCCUCCAUGCGGUAACAGGUGGAACUAAAAUUUUCUAACCAAAACAUUACUCUAUUAUUUGAUAUAAUUCUUUUGAACAUGCUAUUGAGCUAAACCUAACCACUAUUUCACAAAAAUGUUUAGUUCGUGGUAAUCGAGUACUGAUACACAACCAUACAGCGCUAGGCCCCAUGCAAAACUGACUCAGACAUCACUUCACUAAGGCUGUGAACCAUUUGGUGAAAUUUUUAACUUUUAGUUAAAAUCUGACACUUCGAAAGUUAUUUGCAAAAUAACCCUACUCUGGAGCAUGGUUACAAUUGACAGAGCGAUAGUUAAAUUUGACAGCUCGAUGGUUAAAAUUUUGCCCAUGAUGCAGAAUAAAAAGGUGGAAACAUUUGCUGUACCUAAUUAAGAUUGUCAAUAUUUUUUAAUACAAAAUUAAGGGAUAAAGAUGGAAACGAUAGCGUGUUGUGUUAAGAUUUGUUUGGGUUAUUUCAUGAUGUGGAUGUUUACUUUUGAGGCUAUGACCAAAGACAAAUAUUAAAGACGUAAAUCGUACGACCAAAGUUUUAAAAAAUUGUGGCUCAUUUCACCGUUUUAGAAUGAGUGACCCCGGUCCCUUCAGAUUUGACCAUUCUCACCACUUGAUGGCGCUUCAGUUUCAUGUUUCUGUUGAUUGUGGAAUAAAAAAUUAUCAACGCAGGCCUAGAAACUUUAAAAAAAUGAGAAUUGUUGUUUACAGUUAAUCUGUUUUUUGUGCUCCAGCUACGGUGAAAUGUUUUAAAGUUUCAUUUCCUCUUGUUUUUGUAUAUAUUGUACGACCUCGAAACUCAAGAAAGUGAUUUUGAUGCUGCAUAUUUUUUGUAACAACCUCAUCGGCUACCACAUUGAUCGCGGUGUAUUGUUUCGGACUGAUCUACUUUUGAUGGUGUAGUCCUGUGCCAUUUUAAUCGCCAAUGAACCGAUUUAUAGGACCUGCUGAAAAAUUUAAUUUGUAUUAUUUGUUUAGAAUAAGCUACAAAAAAGUGUUUGCAAGUUUAAUUAAGUUCCAUAAGCCAUCCAUUGUGAUAUGCAGUCGUAGUGAUUUGCAUUUGGUAUUUAUUGGGCUGAUUGAUACGAAAUCGAAUUUUGAUGACCAGUCGCCACUGCAGUAUCGCUUGAAUCGUAUUACUCUGUCCCGUGACGCUACUUUUCUGCUCGAUUUCGAAGGUUGCGGUUUCCGGUAUUGACCGGGAACAAAAAUCGCCAAUUUGGAAAAAUUGCUAUUCUAAACGUUUUGUUUAUUUUAAGCUCGCUAGUUUUUCCUUAGUUACCAUUAGGUUGAUUUUUUCCUUAGAUACCUUUCGUUGACAGAAAAAUGAGUACCCGUAUUUGUUAUAUCAGCUAAACGUCAAGGUUGGGUUUGACAUUUCGAGGGACCGUGAGUUACUUAUUGGCGAAUCCAAAAUGAACCAAAAAAUAAACGUUAGAGGCAAGGCCCUGGUCUAAGUGCGGUGUUUUAUGGUGUUUCAAUCGGAGAAGACCACGUGGAAUUUUGGGCAAAUAUUUAUUUGUUGAUAACUGUAACGCAGUGACGACUGUUCCAACAAGUAACCUACUCAUCUUAUGUUGAUUUCGGUUUUAGACCAGAGUGGCCCUAGGUUCGCUCUAAUAUUUACAAAAUCCAUACAAAAGUGACAGCUCAGGGCGAACCUAGAGCGACUCGAAUCUAAAAACUAAAUCAGCAUUAAUUUAUCAUCAUUUAGCAUGUUUUGGUACUCGAACCAUUUUCCUCCUCCUUUAACCCAGCCGAUCUGAAUCGGCAUGCACCCCGUUUGUCACCUCUUAAAUCAAAUUGAUGGAAAUGUGGCCAAUCGAAAGUGACAUCAACAACAACGACGGUUCAUCAAACAGUCGUACCAGCUCACCUAUUACAUGUGGUUUUCCGUUUGGGUAUGUUCGUGAAAAUUAAUGUAAAGCACGUACCUAUGUACGUAGCACGAUAGAGCCACUACCAUGUGUUCACGUGCCACCCAUCUGUUUUCGUCAUUAUUAAUGGCCGUGGAGAGAAAGGCUUCGAAAAGUAAUCCAAUAAACAUUUAUAUUUUCGGUAUUCGAAUCAGUAGUAGGUAGAGGUACAUACAAUCGUUUAGUGUUGAGUGUGUUUGGCUGUGACAACUUUACAGGUGUUUCGAUUUUCGGUGACAUGUCAGAGCUGAUAUCGAAAUAAGUAUGUCAUGGAAAAUUUGUCUGACAAAAAAAUCAAAUGUUUCCAUUAAAGAAGCCUCACUACCAGUGGAAGGAGUAAGUUGGAAGGAUAAUCAGCAUGGUCUCAUGCUACUCGACGAAGGUGGGUCACGUUCAGCAGCACAACACCAUGGAGAACGGACUGCUGAUAGCAGCAAACAUUUCGAUCGGUCACCUACGGAAGCAUAAAUUUGUCUACUACCUGCCAAGAAUCAACAGCACACCACACAAUCGCAAGCAGCGUAACUCGUCUUCCUAUUCCAAGAGCGACUACACUGACACCAUCCAUCAAACCGAGUCCGAACCACGAGGUGAUCGACCUUCGCCCACAACCUUCCCCAGAUUACGUCACAUAUCAAUGCCCAGUAUUACUGCUGGUGAAUCUGGACCCGUUAAUGCACUCCAUCUCGAUGAACACCAGCCAUCGGUCACGAUUCAGCAACACUCGGAGCAACAGCCCCAAAAGACACAACAACGUUACUACAUCUACAGUAGUGCUCCCCGCAAGCGGGGUGCGGAAAAGGAAACCGAUCGGUUUAUGGCCAAUAAGUACGAUCUUUUCAGGCCGCAGUCCGGUUUUAAUCGUCCUCCAAUUAGACCUUUGAACACCACCAAUCAAGCAUACGAGUACGAAGCUUAUCGGAAAGUGAAGAAACGCAGUGCUGCUGACGAUAUGCUAAGCAAAAAUAUUACGUUGAUUUUGGAGAAUCUGCUUAAAAGCUAUGAAAAUUCACAGAUGCCGACACAUGGUCAAGGAAUCCCUACGGUGGUCAAAACCAAUAUUUUGAUUCGCAGCAUGGGACCGAUGUCGGAACUAGAAAUGGACUACUCAAUGGAUUGCUACUUCCGGCAGUAUUGGCGCGACAAGCGCCUCAGCUUCCGCGGUCCCAUCAAAAGCCUCUCGCUGAGCAUCAAAAUGCUCGAACGUAUAUGGCGACCCGAUACGUACUUCUACAAUGGAAAACACUCGCACAUCCACACCAUCACGGUCCCGAACAAACUGCUUCGUCUCAGCCAAGACGGCGAAAUUCUGUACUCGAUGCGGCUUACGAUCAAAGCAUCCUGUUUGAUGCAACUCCGUAGCUUCCCAAUGGAUCGUCAAUCGUGUCCGCUUGUACUGGGCAGUUACGCUUACUCCCGGCAGCAGCUGCUCUACGAGUGGCAAAAUGACGAAUCGGUGAACUUCGUUCCCGGUAUGACACUCAGUCAGUUUGAUCUGAUGAGUUUCCAUCAGAAGAACUACACCUUUGCCAGGCGGGAGGGUGAAUUCUCCGUUCUACACGUGUCGUUCAAUCUCCAGCGACACACCGGGUACUUUCUGAUUCAGGUGUAUGUGCCCUGCAUUUUGAUUGUGGUGUUGUCAUGGGUGUCGUUUUGGAUACAUCGGGAGGCUACCAGUGAUCGGGUUGGAUUGUGUAUUACCACGGUGCUGACACUGUCGACGAUAAGUUUGGAUUCGCGGACGGAUCUGCCGAAGGUUCGCUAUGCGACAGCUCUGGAUUGGUUCCUGCUGAUGAGCUUCUUCUAUUGUAUCGCUACGCUGCUGGAGUUUGCCGGGGUGCACUAUUUUACCAAGGUCGGCAGUGGCGAGAUCCCGCUGGACGAAGACGAAUGGGAGGACAUAGACAAUGUGGUGGAGAUCGGCCUGAGCGUCGUCUGCAGUGGAAUACGUUCUCAGCCCGGAUCGAUCAACAACGAUUCGCCGCAACGUUUUAUGCCGCCUCGGAGGCGCAAUUCGCUUAUCUGUCCCAUCUACAACGAUCCGCAUCAGAUGUUCAAACCGGCCGCUUCGCACCUCUCGACGAUGGAACGAACCACUCAGACCGAACCGCCGAAGGAACCCCACUGGAAGCAGCUGUGGCUUUGCUUUCUCGGUGAUGAUCAGUUUCGCCGGAGACGGCAGCGGGAGGCUUCCGGGAGAGCUGGAGCUAAUCGUCACGUCAACAGUGUCUCGCUGAUCGAUCAGGCAGCGAGGGUUAUGUUUCCGGCUUCGUUUACGUUUUUCAAUGUACUUUACUGGUUGUGCUAUUACACCUACCAGGCUGACUUCACCUGGGCUCCGUUGAAAGAGCAAAGUUAAGAAUAUAGUUGCAUAUCACCAAACAAAACGGUACAGAUUCGGCUGCUUUACAGGAAAAAUAAUUAAAUGAAUGCAACAAACGCAUUCAAAAUAAUGCAUGCAAUUAUAAAUUUAGUAAAAAAAGGUUUCAAAGGGUAGAUGAAUCUAUCUAGUUAAUCAUUCAAGGUUUUCAGUAUGUCAAUAUAGACUCGGGUACUGCUCACUCGAGCGUCACAAGUAUGAAUAUUUUGCAAACAAUCGACAAAUCGAAUUGUUAUAAAUAUUAUCGUUGAGUAGGUGGAUACUAACAAAUAAAAAUACUACACAUUUUACGA